UUCGCUCUUACAUCCUCCUUCUUCACUUCUACGGAAAACCCCCAUCCCUUCAAAAUGUACAAGCUGGUCGUCUUCUCCGCUCUGCUGGCCGUUGCCGCCGCCGCUCCCGGCUACAUCGGAGGCUACGCUGCCCCCAUCGCCGCGGCUCCCAUCGCCGCUGGCUGGGGUCACGGUAUCGUAAGCGCACCCAUCUAUAGCGCUCCCGUAGUUAAAGCCGCUGUACCUGUAGCUACUUCUUACGCUAACACUGUUAAGUUGGCGUCCCCUGCAUUAGUAGCUGCCCACGCUCCCAUCGUAGCUGCGCACGCACCAAUCGUGGCCGCUCCCGCCUACGCCCAUGGCUGGUAAAACACAGUUAAGGCCAACUACACCCAGGCCAGACCAUCCAGGCCUAAUCCCGGAUAGUGCAACAGUCAACAUCUACUCUUAUAUACUUGUUAUUAAAUAGAACAUAAGAUCAUUCGUCGUGUUGGAUUGGAGCAAAAAUCUAGCUCUAAAUAAGAGUUGGAAAAUUGUGCCAUGUUUGGAAUUUCAUUAAAGUGCAGUAAAUUUUAAUA